CACCUGAUAAACCUUCAGGGUGGUUGGAGCUUCCAAGUUGUUGCUUUGUGAAAUCUGCCCGCAUUGCUGCCGGCGAAUUCUUUGCGCAUCGCUAAAACAUUGACGAUCCACGCCUUGCGCACUUCCAUCGAGAUAUAGAAUAGCAAAUUUAAACCCCAGUACUCGCCAACGAAGAGUUACCAACCAUGUCCUACAACCCCUAUGGAGGAGUGCCCGGGUUUGGGCCUCCACCAACAUACAAUUCAUAUCCUGGCGCCAAUGGUGCACCUCCGGGCAUGUCAUCUGCUCCUGGUCUAGGACCUCCACCAGGCAUGUCUGCCCCGGGAACCGCGCCGCCUGGCGUUCAGCAGCAAAACAUCAAUCAAGCUAAUCGACCUAGCGGCUUGCCUUCAAACUUCCAAGCUCCCCCAAACAUGCCCAACAUCAACUUCAAUGCACCCGUAAUUCGUCUCGGAACCACUGGCGGCGCAAAGCCUUCUACGCCCGGCAUGCCAGGACGGAAAGAUAACGAGAACCCAAACUCGGCUGGGCCACGAGCAGGCGUCGGUAUGGACCGCGGAUACGAUCAGACCCGACAAGCCAUCCGCGAGACGAUGCAAGCCCUGGCCCCACCGACCAAAGAAGAGAUCAUUCGAACGAUAUUCGUGGACGGCAUCACCGAGGGUAUUGGUGGUAAUGAGGGAAUUGAACAGAUUCUGACCGUAGUCGGCAAGCUACGGCGAUGGGACCGGGCCACCAACGCAGCUGGUAAGGAGAUGCCUUUUGGCUUUGCGCAGUACGAGGACGCCGAAUCACUGUGGGUAGCCUCGGAACUUCUUAGGGAAUUGCAAAUACCCACAAAGAAACAGGCGCCUAGCGACGGUCCCGCUGACGACAACGAUGCGUACGACGGCUUUGACAAGACCAUGCUGAAGUUCAAGCUGGACGAGAACACUAUGAACUACCUUGAGGCCUACAGAGAGGGUCGAACGAAUGAGUCCGAGGCGGAGGCAAGACUCAGUGCGUCCAUAGGUGCGUUGAAGCAGCUCAUCCGGAAUUUUUUCUACCCUCCCCUGCGUGCUGCGGCAGAUGCAGACGGAGACGUGGUUAUGGGCGAAUUGUCCGGCCAGAAUGGCGAGAAUGUCGAGGUGGUUAAUAUCCCCUUGGCACAGGAGGACGAACUUGCCGACAUUCCGGCCGAGAUGCGCGAGACCGUUGCUGCAGAGAUCGCUGCCUUCCGAGACCGCAGUAUCAAGCGAGACAUGGAGCGCUUGAAACGUGAAGAAGAGCUCGAGGCACUGGAGCGCCAACGUGCCGGCGGAUCGAGACCCUCCAGACUGGCAUCCCCGCCUCAUGGAGGCAACUCGAACAACAUCCCAUUGGGCCCGCGAGGUGUCCCGAAUGCGCCCUCGGGUCCCAAAGGCCAAAAGUCCGAGAUGGGUAAGGACUUCAAUCGUUCGAUCAACUUUGUCAACGGCGGGACUACUAAUGGGGCCUUGGUCAUCAACCGAGAAGAUGAAGACAGUGACGCCAGUGACGACGAACUCGAACGCAGACGGACCGCCAAGCAAAAUGCGGAGACGGAAAAGCUGUAUCUCGACGCUGAAAGGCGGUGGCUCAACAGAGAGAAGUCCAGGACUGCGGCUCUCGAGCGCGAGAAGGAGCGUGACGACUCGCAUGACGAUGACUUGGCCAAGAGACGCGAGGACGCAUUGCACUAUCUUAAGCACUUCGACGACGACGCAGAAGCCUCGCGAAAGAAGGAGGCGUAUUAUCAAGAUCGCAGCCUAUGGAUCCGGAACCGAGCUGCAGCUCGAGCCAGAGAGAUUGCGCAAGAUGAUGCGGAUCGCGAAGCAGAGGAGAGAGAGCGGCUCAGAGAGGAGGCAGAGCGGGAGCAAGCCAGGGGCAUGGCCGACUCGUUCCUCGAGCGCCAGGCUCAAGAAAUGGAGCAAAGGUCAACCGGCAGACCAGGCCUGGCCGCGCCACAACCCUUCAAGUUGUCACUUGGUGCGGCGGCUCAGCGAGCACAGGCUCAACGUGCUGCACCACAACGGAAAACCAUUGCUGAAGUUGAAGGACUGCUCGAGGAUGAAGAAGAGGAGUCUACGACUCGCAGACAACUCAUCCCAAUCAAAUUUGAACCAGCAACUGCGGCCGGGAUGUCGGAAGAGGAGCGCGAGCAGGCCGUUCGUGCUCUUGCCCAGGAAAUUCCCAAUGAGAAGGAGGGACUGUGGGCGUGGGACGUCAAGUGGGACUUUUUGGACGAGAGUGUCAUCCGAGACAAGCUUCGACCUUUCGUGGAGAAGAAGUUGGUGGAGUAUCUCGGUGUACAGGAACAACUGCUCAUUGAGGUGGUGGAAGAGCAUCUGAGGAAGCACGCCAAACCGUCUGAAUUGGUAGAAGAGUUGGCUGAGGCGCUUGAUGAUGAAGCAGAGGCACUUGUCAAGAAACUUUGGCGUAUGGUUAUCUUCUUUACAGAGAGCGAGAAGAGGGGUUAUUCAGCGUAAAAUCAACCAGGCCGCCGGCGAGGGCGCCUGUUGUAUCUAUAGUGUGCAUAAGUAUAGGGUUGGCGCAUUUCGCAAUUCGAGCCUAGUGCGAGCUGAGAGGAUGGAUAAGCCACCUUAAGGACUCGAUGGGGGCAUUUUCAGAUGACGAUGAGCUCAAAAAAAUGUGGGAGUGCUCUACACGUUGAGGGUUCCAGGAGAAAGGUAGAGUUGAUGGCAGAACUGUGAGGAUUAGGAUUGCAUACACCCUUUUGAGAUAUAAUCAGACAAUGCUCAACAGUCAAACAAUGAGAAUCCUCAUUGUGCAUGGAGGUUAACAAAGGC